ACAUAGCGUGCACACCUGAAGGGCCCGGGCUCCUGCACGGACUUUUCGCUCGAGGUGCCCCCCACGCAGUAAAGGGUCGCACGACUCGACCAAAUACAUGGCUCGACGUCGCUCUACAUCUUCCUAGAGUCACAAGAAUGACUGCGGGACUUGACUGUACGACUACCUCGCCAGCCUGCGCGCUUUUCAAGCCAGGAGAACGACACCAACCGUCUUCAUGAAUCGGGAAGUAAUGAAGCGACAUGGGACUCACCAUCAGGUGCAUUCGCAUUCUCUGAAGUGGCGAGCGAAGUCACGGAGCCCCUCUUGGACUGAGGAGCUGGAUUGGCCAUUUUGUCGUGGGUUUCUCGAGCGCGUACGGUCCGGCGAAGAUCAGAAGCUUUUGAGUCCGAAGCGGAACGCAAGAAUGUCGAUGGGCAGCAGCGGUCAGCUGAUGGUUCACAGACUGAGUCGAAUUGGGAUUGGAGUAAAACGCUGCGCAAGCGGGCGAACGAGGUGUGAAGAUCAGGGUGCUAUCGGCUUGGCGAUGAGUCGUGAAGCGACCAAAGAAUUGAACGUGAUACGCAGGCUGAAAGGCUUGAUAGCGCUACGAAUGAUGACGAACGUGGGUGAUCAGGAGGGUGGUAGCUGGAGGGUCAGAAGAUGGACAUUCAAACUGCAAGGCUCAGUAACAGUCGUGAGUCAGGUUUGAGGUUUGCUACGUGCCACGCACUACACAAGGCGCACCCUGCGUUUUGUGACGCGCUUAGGUGUCGUGCCCACCCGCGUUUCCACU